CUAUCCGUGGAGCUGCGUUGGUGAGGGCUGUGGGGGGAGGCGUCAAGUCUGCACGCGCGCUUCGCCGCGGUCCCUCACCCCCAGCUGCCCUCCCGCCACUCCCACGGCAGCGAGCGAGGCGCCAUGCAGGACCCAAACGAAGAUACGGAAUGGAAUUCCAUUCUGCGCAAACAUGGAAUCAUCCCUCAAAAGGAAGAACCCAAGGAGGAGGACGAGGAGGCGGCUGCACAGCAACAGUCAGUCGUGAAGAACUACGAUGACAUGACCAUAGAUGAAUUUGAUGAGCUUGAAGAUGAACUAAAUGAAGAGGAUGAGCGCGUCAUAGAAAUGUAUCGACAAAAGAGGCUGGCGGAGUGGAAGGCACAGCAAAUUAAAAACAAGUUUGGAGAUGUUUUGGAGAUCUCGGGUCAAGAUUACGUCCACGAGGUCACCAAAGCCGACCCUGACAUCUUUGUGGUGCUUCACUUAUAUAAACAGGGCAUCCCGUUAUGUGCCUUAAUAAACCAGCACUUGACAGCCUUAGCCAGGAAGUUCCCGGACACCAAGUUCCUGAAGUCGAUCUCCACUACCUGCAUCCCCAAUUACCCCGACAAGAACCUCCCUACCAUCUUCGUUUACAAGGACGGUGACAUUCGUGCUCAGUUCAUUGGCCCACUGGUCUUUGGAGGCAUGAACCUUAAACAAGACGAGUUGGAGUGGAGGCUCUCGGAGUCAGGAGCUAUAACGACGGACCUGGAGGAAAAUCCUCGCAAGCCAGUGGAGGACAUGAUGAUGUCAUCAAUUCGAAGCUCAAGAGCGGUCACCAAGGAUGGCCGUGACUAUGAAGACUAGCACUCGAGCAGUGCCAAAUAUGUUUUCAUAUCCAAACUCCAGCAGUGUUCUACAGUAUUUCUGUAUAAACUCCAGUUAGCCACACUGAUGUGUAAAUUGUAUGUGAUUAUACAGGAAUUAAUUAUAACCAUUCUGAUGGUCAGCAUUUCUUAAAAACAUGUUUUAUACGUUGUAAUGUUCUUCUUUAAAAUAAACUUAAAUUAUAACAUCGUUGCCUUUUUAUAAUGGUAACUAUUUAUCACCAACCGUUGCCAUGCAUAAUCCCGAAUAUAUUUGUAGCUGUUCUAAGAAUGUGCACACUGAUUAAUUCACAUUUGAGUUGCUAUAUGAACAUACAUUGUGGGGGUUUAAAAUGCUUUGACAUACUUUUAUUCAUGCAAGUCACAUGCUACAAAUAAAAUCACUCAAAUUGCUAAAUGAGGCAAACAAUGUCAGCAGUAUAUUGUUUUACCACCGGGGUGAAUUGUUAACCGAUUUGAGAUUCAAGCAAAAAAAAAUGCCAUUAAAUUGUGAUAAUGCCUGAUGAGAUUUGGGAAAAUACUGUAUGCAUAUUCUGAUGAAAAAACAUUUUUGGUUAAGUAUCAAUUUGGUAUGCUUCAUUGUGUUCAAGUAUUGUUAAAAUGUAACAGUGCCCUUAUUUAGUUUAGUGGAUCGCACGCAUUGUUAAACUUUUUCCCGUGGGCGUCGGGGUGUCAUACCCUGGCUUUCCAAUAGGCGGAAGAGCUAGUGUGGAAUGAAAACGGUUCCAUUGCUUUGGUUCCAUUUUGCUAUGCACUGUUUUGCAUGUGCCGUAUUAAAAUCCGUUUUGAUUUAACUUA